CAUGUGCUUCAUCAGAGCCCCCCCCACCCCCACCCCCACCCACCCCGCUGCAGCAUCAAGCAUGGCCAGACCAUCAAAACCCCGAUGGCGACGGAUCACAGGUCUACACGGCGGAAGACAAAGUCGCCCUUAAACGGUACAAACAACCGGCAACCGCCAGCCCGCCCGCCCGCACACUUACUCUCGGAUGAAUUCGGGGGACGGCGCUCGAAUGAACGAGCAUGGAGCCAAACUCGAGCCCCGGUGACUUGAGUCGGCCAACGCCACGUGCGCAGCAGGAACCGGUUUCCAUCAGUUUCGGCAUCGACCAGAUCCUAAGCUGUCCGGACCAAGAUGCCUUGCCCAAGAGCAGGGGCGGCGCGGGGCCCAACAGCGUCGCCCCACCCGGCGGAGAGAGCGCUCACGCGGCGGCGAGUCGCGCCGGAAGCGUCGCCGCGCCUCGCGCUUCUUACGGGGAGUCAGACGGAGUGAAGUUGAGCUCGUCCCAGGCAGGUCCGAUCCGCGUGCCGGCGCACAGGCCGCUGGUCAGUGGAGUCCCUCCCCACGCAGCCGGCCGUCACAGCGCCCCGGCCGGGGCCAGCGGCGUCCCUCCCUGGAUGAGCGGCCCCCAGCGGCUCGCGAAGGACGCGUUCUCUGCAACCCUGACACCAUUUGCGGUGGCUCGGCGGAUAGGUCAUCCCUACCAGAACCGCAUGCCCCCGAAGAGGAAAAAGCCCCGCACUUCCUUCUCCAGGGUGCAGAUUUGCGAGCUGGAAAAGCGCUUCUACCGUCAGAAGUAUCUGGCCAGUGCUGAGAGGGCUGCGCUUGCCAAAACCCUCAGGAUGACAGACACCCAGGUUAAGACCUGGUUCCAGAAUCGCAGGACCAAGUGGAGGCGGCAGACAGUAGAAGAGAGGGAAGCAGAGCGUCAGCAGGCCAACAGGCUGGUGAUCCAACUGCAACACAAUGCUUUCCAGAAAUCACUGAGCGAGUCAGUUCCGGCGGACCCUCUUUGCCUUCACAACUCUUCCCUGUUUGCACUGCAGAAUUUGCAGCCAUGGACCUUGGAGGAAGGAGGCAAGCUGGCCAGCGCUCCUGCCCUGGUGUGAUGGGAUGUACAACCCCCCCCCCCCCCCUGUGCUCUCAGUUAAUAGAGGAGAGCCAGAGGACCAGACGGACUGGGUACUCCCAUCUCAUGUGAUACCCAACAGUUAUUUGUGGGAGUCGCAAAACCUAACGUGGAGUUCGA